CCAAUUUGGCCCCAGGUCGGCAGUUCCGGCUCCAGCAGCCUCAGCCGAUCCCCCCUCCCCCGCAGACAGAAGCGAGAUGCUGUGCCGCACGGCGUCGCGCCUCGCGGCGCGGCGCUCCCAGGCGCGCCUGGCGGAGGUCGCGGCCGCGGUCCGCCCCUUCCCGCGCCCCCAGCCAGGCCAGGAGAACGUGCCGCCGAAGGACGGGCUCGACCCGGCGAAGCAGAAGCAGGCGUUUGGCUACGGCGACGUCCUGCCCAGGGAUGCCCCUGGGCUCGGCGACGCAAUGGCCCACCCGCCGGACACGCCAGCGCAGACGGCGAAGUACAUUUGGAAGGGCAUGACCAACGUCCCGAAGAGGAAGGAGAUCAUCGAGGGCUUCGGGUACCCGGGGCAGAAGCACAGCGCCGGGGGCAUCACGACCGUCGGCCGCAUCUACUACGGCCCGGGCCGCUAUGACUACGGGCGGCCGGUGAUGCCCAAGGGCUGGUUCCAGAAUUUCUUCUACGGCUUCUGGGAGUUCGGCCACCUCAUGUUCGUGGUCGACCGCUGGAUCGCCAUACGCCAGCUCCGCCACUUCCUCGGCAUCAUGAUCUGCUUCGUCCCCUUCUGGAUCCAGAUGCAGUGGAACGUGCAGAUGUGGGAGGACUUCAAGAAGACGCACGCGAACUGA